AUGGAAGUAGUUCAUCAUAAUAUACCAAUUGACAUCAUUCGCAAGAUUCUUUUGAAGUUGGAGAUAAAAUCUGUGAUCCGAUGUGAAUGCGUAUGCAAAGAAUGGCGUUCCAUCAUACAAGACCCCGAUUUCAAGCUCUCGUAUGACGGGUCGAAACGAGUCAUUGUGGUGGCACAAAGCAGCAAAAGCUGCUUAGCCCUAACAUCCAUAACCAACACUACUACUCCCCUCAUUGAGACGCUAUUCCGGCGUGACACCCGUGGUAGUACCACGUUUCCCCCCCUAAAUCGUUGGUGGUCCGGUGUUUGGUGUUCUUGCAACGGGCUCGUGCUUUUCUCCUUGAGAGAACAUAUUCUGUUAUGGAAUCCCACCACUCGCUGCUGCACAAAAGUGCUUGAGCUUCAACGCUUGCUCUCUUCGUGGGAUGUCCUCGAUUUGGUCGAGGGGCUAUGCUAUGACGUCCCAUCUUUGGGGCGUAACGAUGUGGUCUCGGGGCUAUGCUAUGUCCCAUCCACCGGGGAUUACAAGGCCGUUGUGUGUUUCCUCUGUGAUAGAACUAGUGUUUUUGUUGCCAGCCUCAAGAGCAAAGAGUGGCGGAAAGUGUUGUUUCCUUACAACACAGAGUCCAUUAGAGACGACGGGGUUAACUUUCACAACACACUCCAUUGGAGGGUGGGUGAUUUGCAAACAGGAUUGGACAAGAUCGUUUAUUUUGACCCGGAGAGCGAUGAGUUCAAAGAGAUGUCCAUUCCCGUCCCAGAAGGAGAAAGUAGUGUAAUUCUUGGAAUGGGAAUCAUUGACGAGUGUCUCUGCGUGGCUCUCGAACUUGAACGGGGAGGAUCGAUACAAGUGUUGGUUAUGAAGGAAUAUGGAGUGGAGAAAUCAUGGGUCACUGGGUUUAACAUCUCUACCAUCUAUUUGGACUGUGAAAAAUUCAGUAGUGAUUAUAUAAACGCCACAUUAUACUCUUCCAAAUGCAAUGCCAAAGUGCUCAUGAUAUGCAGGAACAUCUCGUCCUCCUGGGAAAUAUUAGUUCAUGAUUUGAAAAAUAACACCCUCAAGCCUACUUUCUUCACAGAAUCAUCAGUAUAUUGGGGCUUUAUUGGUAUAUGUUCCUAUGUUCAGAGUACUGUUUCUCCACGUGAAUUUAUUUGGAGAUAUAAUGAUGAUCAGCACAACCCCCCAGCCCAGAAUGAUGAUGCUUUGUUGAGGUUUAUUUUGGGAAGGUUUAAUAUCUGA